AUGGUUUUAUCUACGGUACUGAAAUUCAUGUACCCGCCGCCGUCGAAUCUAUUUGUGAUAGCGACGUCUGCGAUAAGUAUACUGUUGACAGUGAAUUCAGGAAUCAUGGAAUUCAAAGGGAAGCACACGCAGUACUCGAAAUUAUGGAAUUUUGGUGUUGAUCAGAAAAUUGCUGCUCAUAAAAAGGCCAAAAUCUCCAGUAAAAUUGGCAUGAUUUUAGGGUAUACUCCUGCAUUAUUUGUCGGAGUUGGCUCUUUUUUCCUCGCACCGGUUGGGGAUUUUAGGUUUGAUUUGCUACGUUCGGCCAUCACUAUUCAUUUCUUCAAGAGGAUCUUCGAGGUGCUGUUUGUUCACAACUAUAGUGGGUUCAUGGACACUGAAGCUGCAAUUUCAAUCUCUAUUGGCUACGUCGUCUAUACAGCCACCACGAUUUACUCUCAUUAUCUAACCCUAAGAUUUCCAGAACCCCAAACUGACCUCAAGUAUGUUGGAGCCUUAUUGUUCUUAGUGGGAAUUAGUGGCAAUUUCUACCACCAUUACCUCCUCUCCAAAUUGAGAACUAAGGAUGAAAAAAAUUACAAAAUACCCCAAGGUGGCCUCUUUAGUUUGCGAGCUCUGCUUUCUUUUUGA